AUGGCAUUGUGUAGUGAUUUUCCCCCGAUUCAUUUUUUCAAGAUAAUAGUUUCUGAAAGUCUUGAACAAGGAAAGCUUAUGAUACCGAUAACGUUUGUCAAGAAAUAUGGAGAUAGUUUACCAACAUCUAUAUUGAUAAAGACUCCGAAUGGUGCAGAUUGGAAAAUAAAUUUGGUGAAAAAUGAUGGCAAGAUAUGGUUUGAAAAGGGUUGGAAAGAAUUUGCAGACUAUCACUCUCUAUCUCAUGGUCAUCUUGUUGUUUUCAAAUAUGAAAAAGCUUCCUACUUUGAGGUAAUAAUCUUUGAUAAGAGUGGUUUAGAGAUAAAGUAUCCUUUAAAAAGAGUUGAAGUCAACAAGGAAGAAAAUUGUAGAGCAAGUCAAAAGAGAAAAGCUUACUCCUCCUUUGAAAUUGGAAGCACUAGUUGUGUUGAAGUUGUGAAAUCACAAAAGGUAGCAGCUGUAUCUCAUACUCACAAAAAGCACAAAGGAAAACAAGAGAAUACAACACUUGAAAGAGCAAAAGAGCUCAAAACAUGUAAUCCAUAUUUUGUUCUUCUCAUGGGUGCAUCAUACGUUGAAACCCGUUAUAUGUUGACCCUACCUUCUAUGUUUGGCAAAACACACUUUGAUAUCAAAAAGAAAAAAGGAAAUAUUUAUUUUCAGGUACCAAAUAAUGAAAAAGUAUGGCCUGCAAGGUAUGGAAUUAGGACGUCCUCCACAGGACUAAGAUUUGAACUCUUUUGUGGAUGGAAGAAAUUCUCAACGGACAAUGAUUUGAAAGUCGGUGAUGUUUGCAACUUUGAGCUCGUUCUUAAAACUAAUAUGACUUUUCUAGUUCACAUAUUUAGAAAGACGAAUCAAGUCAGCACAGAUAGUUUGCAAAUUCUUUCCAAAUCAAAAGAGAAGCUGCUAAAGGAUAGAUAGAGAAAAGGAAUGAAAAUCAUCACAACCAGAAGAGUGUUUUAGAAAUUCUGUCAACAAAUGAAAACUUACUAAUCUACUACUUAUUAUAACCAAG